AUGGGAGGCACAAGAGGCAACAACGGCAAGAAUGUGGACCACCUCGCGACGAAGUGGCCGAAACUCCUACACCUUGAAUAUACGAAGAGGCACAACGAGGUAGCAAAGCGAGUCCAGUCAGUACUCGGGAGGCAAAUAGGACUACCCAAGGAGAAGAUAGAUGCCCACAAGAUCGAGAGUCAAGUGCAUGUAAAAUACGGAUGGAUCGCGUACGAGAUGACGGUCAAGACUCGGAAGACUAAGGAAUACAACAGGCCAGACAUCAUCCUGGCGGAUCGGCGGAGGAACACCAUAACCAUCGUGGAGAUCGUAAUCAGCAAUCAAGACAACCUAGUGGAUACUGAGAAGUUCAAGAAGCAGAAGUAUGAAGACCUUAUCGGGGACCUCAAGAUCCGGGUUAUCCCCUACGUUAUGACGUGGGAGGGAAUAGUGACGAAAGAACACAGCAAGUAUGUACGGGACCUGGGCAUAUCGGAUCGCACGGAGGCUCACGAACAACGGGUAGUGAUCCAAGAAACAGAUAAAAUAGUGAUGAGGGACAUGAAACCGAGAGAAGACUACGAUUCUGUAGAAGACCCUCGAGCCCAAACUGGAUGGAUGCCCGCGUGGAUGGCACCAGUGACGAUCGGCAAUGGACCGACGUGGAUCCCGCAACCGGUUUCAGCGUGA